AUGUCGCUUAAUCAACCAGAGCGUUUCGUUGACACUUCAAAAUGGAACAUACCUACAGAGAUUGACCUUGCAGAUCCAGGAUUCUACAUGCCACACAAGAUUGAUUUACUCAUCAGCACACAAGAGUUUUUUGAUUUACUUUUAAAUGGCAAAAUUUCUCUGGAUCCUGGCCUUCCUUGUCUGGUCAAUACUGCACUUGGUUGGAUCGUUGGCGAAAAGGUUUCUGAAAUUCCGCAAUCACAAAUCGUCACAUGCAACAUGGCACGUUCCACGGAGCUGCCAGAUGCAUUAGAAAGGUUUUGGCUAAUAGAGGAGUUUGAUUCGCACCAUAAUUGUUUCACCGUAGAAGAGGAGGAUUGCGAACGGCAUUAUUUGGCAAACACAAAGUUUCUAACAUCUGGACGGGUCCAAGUUUGCUUGCCCUUUAAAGAGAACCCUCACAAGCUAGGAAAGUCUUUUCAAAUAGCCAAAUCCCGGUUUCUUCAAAAUGAACGCAGGUUGAGCCGCAACCCGUUGAUAAGAGAGAUGUAA